AUGUCGGACGGCGGCAGAACGUCCAACGUCGCCAACGAAGCGAUCGUCUACACCACGACGAGAGUAAUUGGCUCGACUCCGCCAGGGACCAUCAGCCACUCGCCGGACGAGUUGACGGCUGCAAGUUCCACGGCCGCCCACUCGCUGGGCGAGUACCAUCCGGCCGAAACCGAGAAGCAGGCUGUCAAGGUCCCCGCGCAAGAUCGUCAAAUGGGGCGAGGUCGGCGGAACGAGGAGGAGGCCGCGGACAAUCCAUGGCUCGCCGAAGCUGCGGUUCGCAUGGCCUCGGACGUCACGAGAGAAAUGAGGUGUCUCGCCGUCACGAUCCAGCUGUGCCUGGUCUUGUCACCUGCAACGGCAGUGAGGCCGCGACUGGGAAAAGAUGGCGACAAGCAGGUUGUAGUUAACAUCGACAACCCCAACAAGGAACAUCUGCUCAAGGAGGAACAUCUGGUCAAGGAGGAACAUCUGGUCAAGAAGGAAUAUCUCGUCCAGGAGGAACAUUUGGUCAAGGAGGAACAUCUGGACAAGGAGGAGCAUUUGGUCAAGGAGGAACAUCUGGUCAAGGAGGAACAUCUGGUCAAGGAGGAACAUCUCGUCCAGGAGGAACAUUUGGUCAAGGAGGAACAUCUGGACAAGGAGGAGCAUUUGGUCAAGGAGGAACAUCUGGUCAAGGAGGAACAUCUGGUCAAGGAGGAACAUCUCGUCCAGGAGGAACAUUUGGUCAAGGAGGAACAUCUGGACAAGGAGGAGCAUUUGGUCAAGGAGGAACAUCUGGUCAAGGAGGAACAUCUGGUCAAGGAGGAACAUCUCGUCCAGGAGGGACAUAUGGCCAAGGAGGAACAUCUGGUCAAGGAGGAACAUCUGGUCAAGGAGGAACAUCUCGUCCAGGAGGAACAUUUGGAACGUCUGGUCAAGGAGGAAUAUCUGGUCAAGGAGGAACAUCUGGUCAAGGAGGAACAUCUAGUCAAGGAGGAAUAUCUGGUCAAGGAGGAACAUUUGGCCAAAAAGGAACAUCUGGACAAGGAGGAAUAUCUCGUCCAGGAGAAACAUUUGGUCAAGGAGGAACAUCUGGCCAAGGAGGAACAUCUGGUCAAGGAGGAACAUCUGAAACAAAGGGUAAAGAAGGAGAAGGUGUCCAAGGAGGAAAAGGAAGUCAAGGAGGAAAAGGAAGCCAAGGAGGAAAAAAUAGCCAAGCAGAACCAGUUGGGAGUCAAGGAGAAAAAAAUAGCCAAGGAGGAGGUAGUCAAGGAGGUAGUCAUGGUGGAGCAUAUGGACAAGGUGGACUUAAUGGCCAAACAGAAACAGGUGGACAAGGAGAGACAAAUGUUCCAGGUGGAACAGCUAGCCAAGGAGGAACAUAUAGCCACAAUGGUACUUAUGGUCAAGGAGGAAAUUAUGGACAAGGAGGAACAUAUGGUCAAGGUAGUACAUCAGGUACAGGUGGUGCUAUUGGUCAAGGAGGAAUAUUUGGCCCAGGAGGAACAUAUGGUCAAGGUGGUACUAAUGGUCAAGGAGGAACAUAUGGUCAAGGAGGAACAUAUGGUCAAGGCGGAACAUAUGGUCAAGGAGGAACAUAUGGUCAAGGAGGAACAUAUGGUCAAGGAGGAACAUAUGGUCAAGGAGGAAUGUAUGGUCAAGGAGGAACAUAUGGUCAAGGAGGAACAUAUGGUCAAGGAGGAACAUAUGGUCAAGGUGGAACAUUUGGUCAAGGAGGAGCACAUGGUCAAGCAGGAACAAAUGUUCAGGGAGGAACAGUUAAUCAAGGAGGUACACAUGGCCAAGGAGGAGUCCAUGGUCAAGCAGGAACAAAUGUUCAGGGAGGAACAGUUAGUCAAGGAAGUACACAUGGCCAAGGAGGAAUCCAUGGUCAAGGUGGAACAUAUGGGCAAGGGGGAACAUAUGGUGAAGGUGGAACAGUUGGUCAAGGUGGAGCACAUGGUCAAGGAGGCACACAUAGUCAAGGUGGAACAUAUGGUCAAGGUGGAACAUAUGGUCAAGGUGGUACACAUGGUCAAGGUGUAA